AUUUGAAAACAAUUCUCCACUCAAAUUUCAUCAUCAACUUGCUCCUCUUCUUAUUCCUUUGCAAUUGUCACCAACAAUUCUUACUUAGCUCUCACUAGCUAACAACAAUGAAGAAAGUUGUGUUGAAGGUAGAUUUUUAUAAUGAUAAAAUCAAGCGAAAAAUGAUGAAGACAGCAUCUGGCCUUUUAGGGGUUGAAUCAGUAUCAAUAGAGUUGAAAGAAAAGAAAUUAACAUUAUCGGGAGAUAUUGAUUCAGUAAAGGUAGUGUUGAAACUAAGAAAAGUGUGUCAAACAGAAAUAGUUUCAGUUGGACCUCUAGAAGAAGACAAGAAGUCAACUGAUGUUUCUACUAUACUCAACUCCUUUGAACCAUAUUGUUUCUGCUAUCAUAUGCAACCACCAUCAGAUAAUAUUCAAUGUUACUACUAUAUUUGAUGUGCAUAUGAAGAAGAGAUUCCUAAUGGAAUACUAAAUUUAUAAGAAAAAUAUAUAGUUUGAUAAAAUAUAGAAAGAUAUUUGACGUACACUCUUAGAGAUACACCUUGAGAGAUAAAGAUAUAAGAAAAAUGAUGUGAAAGAUAUGAUAUGCUAAUAAUGAAAUAGAAAGAGACGGAUAGAGAGAAAAUAAAUUGUUGAAUAUGUGUAGAAAAAUCUAAAAUAUAUGACGGUGUUUUUGUUUAGUACUUAUUUUAAAUUUUUGGCUAUUUGCGAACUGUAUUAUGAUGUAUUGGUUUUAAAGGUUAAUUGUAGGGUAUCUUGUUUUAUAAGGUAGAUACAUUUUCCAUCCUUUUGAACUUUG